AUGCCUUCUUCGGCGCGUAAGAAGGGCAAAAAGGCUGCUAAGCCUGAGCCCCCGUGUUCUGCAGCCGAGUUCAGUGCUGUCAAAGAAUCAUUCACGAACUAUAUUCUCGAUUACCUGGCUGAAAAGAAUCACUCGCUCGCAGGCCCUCGCCCAGACUCGGAUGCUCUUGGCUCGGCUACCUCCGCUGUUGCAUCUGUCGAAGAUGAAGAAAAUCCGAGUGCUACUUCAGCUAAAGCUACGGUGAAUGAUCCUACCAGCGACGAUGAGGGUGAGUUUGGUGAAAAUCAAGACGCAUACAUGAAUCUAUAUCCCUCCACCAGCGAGGACAAGACCCUGUAUCUGAACAACAAUCUGCUUAGCGUCCUCCCUUUAUCUCCCAGUACAUAUUAG